GCUUUUUGCGCACACCAAUCCGGAAAUGGUGGAUAAAUUCAUCAGCGUGGCGACGCCUCAUCCGAAUUUGAUGUGGGACAACCUGCCGAAAAAUUCUCCGUUCAACCGGAGGUGGUUGGAAUUUAUUCAGCUUCCAUACUUGCCUGAAAUGGAAAUGAAAUAUAAUGCAGAGCGCAUGUUAAAGAAGUGUUACCCACAUAUUUUAAAGGAAAAAAUGUACAUGACUGGUUCUAACGGAUCUGUGAUCAACAAUCUCAUGGAAGCGUACAAAUAUAUAUUCAGCCAAACCGAUGACUGGAGAGGUCCCCUAAAUUACUAUCGAAAUUUUCUAUUCUUUCGUGUGAAAGAAGGAGAAACUGUGCAAUGUCCAUGCCUGAUAAUUACCGGUAAUGACGAUCGGUUUUAUAAGCUGGAAUCUGUCGUAAAGAGUUCAGAUUUUUGCGAAAAUUUCAUCAUUAAAGUCAUCGAACAGUCUGGCCAUGCACCACACCAAGAAAUGUCGACAGAAUUCAAUAGUUUGCUAUUGAAAUUUUUGCUGGGAAAACGAAUGCUGGUUCGAUCACCAGAAAAUGCUGCCACCACUCCAACACGAGGAAUCGUUGGAAGAGUCUUUGGCGGGAUUGGGGCCGUUGCCAACAACACAGUAAAGUUGGGAAACAACAUCAAAGAUGGUUACACAUUUGCCAGUGCACUCAACAACGUGCCCAAUUUCAUUAUCAAAAGCUAACAUUUUUCAUUACCGGCAGUUCAGUUUUCUCAUUAUCCUGUGUUUGUGUACAUCGCUAGUUAGAGCAGAUUUAUAAAAACUACGAAUAAAUCCCUUAUAAAAAGCUUU